AUGUCUAAACUCGAUCAGCUCGUCAAAGGCGCACCGCCUCCAGGAAUUCAUGUCCCUCCUAUUCCAACCAGUGGUAUUACAUCAUCCGAAUCUUCCAUCAUCGAUCCCCUCGCAUCCCUUCCCUCCUCUCCCCCGCAGAUCUACCUCAAUCUCCUGAUUCUCGAAGCUUCACUGCGUGCACAGUGGUUGCAACUUCGCACACGAAGGCGGCAACAUGCAUUCUUUCUAAGUCUGCUGGGGCUCUGGAAUAUAUGGUUUGGCUAUGCUUUGUUUCUUGCGCCGAGGGAAGAUGGUAGUGGUGUUGGAGGAUCAGUAUAUUGGGUUGUAGAAAUGACAGAGAAGAUGUGUUUUAUUGGCGGAAUAGUCACUGCACUCUUGAUAUGGGGAACUGGACAAUGGGAAAGAGGUAUUCGAUGGCCGAGGAGGUUUGUGGGGAUUACAAACAGAGGACUUAGAGGAUUCAAUUGCAAACUGGUGGUUAUUAAGCAGCCAUGGUGGAAGGAGUUACUAUCAGCAGUAUCAUUUCUAUUCUCUUAUGGAUUGUUCUCGGGCAACAGUGGAAGCUCAUAUCGUUUUGUGGAUCAAUCGUUAUUAAAGGAAUCGGAAAAGGCAGCGAAGAGCGGGGGACAUCAUGCGUUACCAAACAUACAUGAAGGUGAUGAUACAAAGGGUUAUGAGGAGGACUUAGCACCUGGCGGGGAUUACGUGAAGCUUCUAUUGCUUCCCAAACCUUUUUCUCCCAAUUUUAGGGAAAAUUGGGAUAUAUAUCGUACAGAAUACUGGGAAAAGGAAAACGAGCGACGAAAGAUAUUACGACAGAAGUUAAAGGAGCGGGAAAGAAUACUGGCAAAGCAACAAGGUGGAUGGUUAUGGUGGACGGGAUACCGUGGAUGGAGAACAGCAAAUGUCACGGAUGUUGAGAAGAUUCAUCACCGAACUCAUCGACAAAAUACUGUCUCAAAACGCGACAGGAGUACAAGCGUACGAUCACAUUCCCAUUCUCGUAAUUCAUCCCGAAGCGCAACACCCACUGGGAGCGACGAAAGACCCGGCAGCGGUCACACAAGGAAAGGCAGUAGUGCAUCAACUAUCUCUGAACGCAGAAGAAAGAAGGCACUUCCUGGCCCGACUAGACUCGCACCCACUUCUGGAGUAGGCGCCGGUGGUUCUAGAUCCACUACUCCUGAGGUACCAUCACCAUUGAUUAGGGAAAAUAGCUUUACAAGUCUUUCCUCUCUAGAUAGCGAGAGGCCCCUCACUCCACUCUUAGGCGACGCGGAUUCCUCGACUACCAGAUCAUUGAGGUCCUCUACCAGAGAAAAAUCGGAUAGCUUGAAGCCUCCUAAGCGAACUGAUGGUUCUGCCGCCGAAAGUGAUGAGAAAUAG